GUCGGCAAAUUCGAACUUUUCAGCCUUUUACCAUUGGAAAUAAGACACCUGGUAUGGCGCAAGACUCUCGAAGGCCGGCUCGUGGCCAUAUGUCCCAGGCUAGACUGGCUUGCCCGAAGAAGCCGUCUGCCCGUCAUGUCCGCCGUUCAUCGAGAAAGCCGCAAAUUCUUCUUGAGCAUAUACAUUCGGCUCAUCAGCGAAGUUACGGGCAUGCCUCAUAACAGAAGCUCCUUCGAUUGGCUCAUCAAAGACCAUGUUUACCUCAAUCCUGAUAUUGAC